UAAACAGUUCUCAAUACUGAAUGUAUAUGGAUUCCUCUCUGUCUUAACUUAAACACAAAAUGACUGAAAAAUCUCAACCAGAAGGUCAAGCCAAUGAUGUUGAUGACAAGGUACAACUUGACGACGUUGAAGAUGAAAAACUAAACGCAGAAAAAACUAUAACACCAAAUCAUAGUCAAAACGGCAGCGUACGUCAUCGGAAAACGAAAAAAGGUUCAAGUCACAAGAAUAAUAUCACAGCUAAAAAGAAUCAAGAAGUAAAAAAAAUCCUGGCCGCAAAACAGUCAUCUUCGGGUAAGGGAAAAACGCGGUCCCGAGUCAAUCUUGCUGGUGCACUCAAAAGCUUGGUGUCUGGAGAUUCGUGUAUCGUGUCAUUUAUAGUGGUAGUUGCAUUGACUAUUGGUACCAGAUUUUACAAACUUGAGGAUCCAAAUCACAUCUGUUGGGAUGAAACUCACUUUGGAAAGCAUGCCAAUUUCUAUAUCAAAGGAGAGUUUUUCUUUGAUGUUCAUCCUCCUCUUGCCAAGAUGUUGAUUGCUAUGGCAGGUUCUUUAAGUGGUUAUAAUGGAUCAUUUCCUUUUGACAAACCAGGGGACCCUUAUGGUGAAAACAGCUAUGUUGGCAUGAGAUUUCUAUGUGCAUUACUAGGAUCGUUAUGCAUUCCUCUAGCAUACUUAAUGGUCUGGGAGCUGACCAAAUCUACUACAGCAUGUAUUCUAGCCACUGGUUUUAUUCUAUUUGAUCAUGGAUGUAUAACUAUAUCACAGUAUAUUCUACUGGAUCCUAUUUUGAUGUUCUUUAUAAUGCUGUCRGCAUACUGUUUAACGAAGUUUCAUUCAUAUAAAAACAAUUCAUACAGUUUUAAGUGGUGGUUUUGGAUGAUAGCAACAGGCAUUGCUUUGUCAUGUGCCUUCAGCUGCAAAUGGGUUGGUUUAUUUGUCAUUYUAUGGGCUGGUAUCACUACAGUCAUGGAAUUAUGGGAAAUAUUAGGGAACCUGGAACUAUCUCUGAUAGAUGUUGGUAAGCACUUUGCAGCAAGAGURUUUGGUCUCAUCAUCGUUCCAGUGAUGGUCUAUUUGUUCUGGUUCAGUGUGCACUUUAGAAUGUUACCAAACACUGGUCCUGGAGAUGGGUUCUUCAGUUCUGCCUUUCAAUCAACUCUCAAAGGGAAUCAAUUAUACAUGACUGAAGUCCCAGAAGAUCUUGCAUUUGGAUCAGUUGUUACCAUUAAGAACCAUAGAGGAGGUGGUGCCUUGCUGCAUUCUCACCCUCAUUUAUACCCUAAAGAACACCCACCAGAACAGCAACAGGUCACAGGGUAUUCUCACAAAGAUGAUAAUAAUAAAUUCAUUAUUAAAAAAGCAUAUGAAGAAUACGACAGUAAUAAACCUGUGGAGUUUGUGAAGGACGGAGACUGGAUUAGGCUAGAGCAUGUAUCUACAAAGCGCAAUGUGCACAGUCACAAUGAGAAACCACCAUUAACUAAACAUCACAUGCAAGUUACAGCAUAUGGAGAGAAUGGAAAAGGUGAUGCCAAUGAUUUUUGGAAGAUAGAGGUUAUUAGUGGUGGCGGUGAUCGUAUUAAAACUGUCAAGACCAUCUUCAGACUGAUUCAUGUCAACCUUGGAUGUGCUUUACAUAUGUCAACUAAAACACUUCCAAAAUGGGGUUGGGAGCAGUUAGAAGUCACUUGUAAUCCAUCAAUACACCACACUAACAAUCAGUGGAAUAUAGAAGGACAUGAGAAUGACAGAGUUCCAAAAGCAAGCCCAUCAUUAUACAAGCCAUCUUUCUUAGAAAGUGUAUAUGAAUCACACAUUGUUAUGGCGCAGACUAAUGCUGGCUUCAAACCCAAAGAAGGCGAAGUCACCUCACAGCCAUGGCAAUGGCCAAUCAACUAUAAGGGUCAGGUGUUUUCUGGAGGUGACAACAGAGUUUAUCUACUUGGAAAUCCAGUUAUUUGGUGGUUCAUAAUAGCUGUCCUGCUGUACUUUGCUGUUGUGUGCUCAAUCUUCGCUGUACGAACUCAACGUGGUUAUGCUGACAGCCCUCAAGAACAAGCUCAUCGUAAACAUGUUGAGUCUAUUUGUGUAUGGUUACUGCUGGCUUGGGCUUUACACUACUUCCCUUUCUAUGCCAUGGGACGUGUAUUGUACUUCCACCACUACUUUCCUGCCUAUCUCUUUAGUGCCAUGUUUGCCGGCAUUGUUAGUGAAUACAUGUGUGAUGUUAUAUCAUCGUUCUUCAAAGUCGACAAAUGGAAGAUGGUUGCUUACUAUGUCAGUGUUGGAUCCAUCGUUGGCAUGUCCAUUGUUAGUUUUUACUUGUUUCGUGGUCUAUCGUAUGGGAUGUCUGGUCCAAUGGCUCACAGUCCUAACAAUACGGCACCUGUUUAUAAAUGGUUGGAUUCCUGGGAAGUCUAAAAGGCGUUAAUGGUAUUUCCUGGAAAACUCCUGGUCUAUUGGUAUCUGUCUAACUUUCAGAUAGAGUGGCUAUAUUUUUAAUGAAUGAAAACACUUUCAAGUUACCACCAUCAUUACAAUUACGACAAUCUCAGAGCACUUUAGAUAUUUAUUCAAGAACCGUAUAAUUCAGCUUUGAACGCCUCUAAAAUGAUAAAAACGGACGACAGUCCAAAUAUGUGGUCAUUGUUCAUAGUAUUUGAUAUCACCAUUAAUUGACGUCAUCUUUUUAAUACAUGACGUCAGUAUUCACGUCAUGAUAUGUGUGGGGUAAUUUGUAGUUAGGAAUACUAUACAGCUAUUUAUAAAGGAAUGCAUAUCUGCUGAGAAGUUUUGUAGCUACUGUAAAACAAUUUAAUUGCUUAGGCACAUAUARCUACAAAAUUUAACAAAAUUAACGUAUUUGAUCGAGAUGCGAAGUAGAGAAGAGGAUAUAUUAUGAAUGAAAAUGAUUUUGUUUUAUAAUUUACUUUGUAAAUCAUCAAAUAAUUAUUGAAAUGAUUAAUAGGGGCAAUAAAAUCUUUUACUGGAAA